UCACCAAAUUGUUCCGACUCCCUCUCAGUAGACAGCUAACUCAUAUCGGCACGGAGAUACAUGUGUGGGCUACCAAGCUAUAAAUUCGGAUUAAAAGUACAAUCUAAUUAGCAACACGGAAACUGAAAAUUAGGCUAAAACCACAGAUGUUUAGCUAUAUAAGUCACAACCUACAUUAGACCAUGUAAAUCAUUUUUACCUAACUUUUCAUUCGAGCUAACAGGCUACAUUUAGCGGUAAAUAUAUAGUAUUGGUUCAUUUGCGACAAACUAAAGCAACAUGUCAGAUGCUUUAAUUCAGAGAGUAAAGGAGCUAGAAGCAGAGCUGGAAAAGCUCAGGUCCCAGUUGAAGGAGAGCAAUGGAGCUGGAGAUGACAUGGAAAUGAUGUCCAGUUCAUCUCCUAAAGAAAUCACAGACUGUAUCUCUGAUGGGAACACCAGCAGCAGGAACAAGGGGAGAAAGAAAUCAAGCAAAGACCGUCCCUUUGACUUUGCCGCACACCCCCGGCGCCAUGUGGCCCUGCGGCUGGCUUACUUGGGAUGGGUCUACCAGGGGUUUGCAGUUCAGGAGAACACAGACAACACCGUGGAGGCCAGACUCUUUGAAGCUUUGCUGAAGACCCGGUUGAUUCAGGACCGACAGAGCUCCAAUUACCACCGCUGUGGUCGCACUGAUAAAGGAGUCAGUGCGUUUUCUCAGGUUAUAACUAUUGACUUGCGCUCAACACAGUUUUGUGGAGGGCAGGGAGUCACACUCCCUGAAAACACUGACAUCAGCACCAAAUCGAAAGCUCCAGUGUCUGAGCUCCCAUAUCUGAAGAUGCUAAACAGAGUGCUGCCGCAAGAUAUUCGGAUCUUGGACUGGGCACCAGUAGCCGAAGGUUUCAGUGCACGUUUCGACUGCCAGUGGCGCACGUAUCGUUACUACUUCCCUCGAGGAUCCUUGGACGUGGUGUUGAUGGCAGAUGCUGCAAAAAGAUACGAGGGGACACAUGACUUUCGUAACCUGUGCAAAAUGGAUGUGGGCAACGGAGUCCUGCAGUUUGAGAGGACCAUCUUAUCAGCCACAGUCACUCCUGUCCAACCUCAAAAUGUCUCUGGCACAGACCAGUAUGAUCUUUUCAUGUUUGAGAUCAAAGGAUUGGCCUUCCUUUAUCACCAGGUACGCUGCAUGAUGGCAGUGCUUCUUUUAAUUGGGCAGAAGCUAGAAGCUCCAAACAUAAUUGAACAACUUCUGGAUGUUGAGAAAAAUCCCAGGAAGCCCCAGUACAGCAUGGCGGUGGACUACCCUCUGGUGCUGUACGACUGCCACUUUGAAGGUCUGAUCUGGCAGCAGGACUCUGAAGAGAUGAAUCACGUUUUGUCGUCGCUUCAGCAGCACUGGACCCAGAGUGCAGUCAGGGCUCAUCUUCUAAACGGGAUGAUCCAGGGUUUGGAAGACAGAGGCGGUGUGUCCUCUAACCAUUGUUGGCUGGUAGAAGGCAGCAGGCAGAGGAACUACCGACCGCUCCUGGAGCGUCCAUGCUGCGAGAGCCUGGAGUCACGGAUAAACCACUUUGUUAAAAGAGGCAGAUUGGAGAGAGAGGAAGGGGAGAGUGGAAGUGAAAUGAUCCACAGAGGAAAAAAAUCCAAACAUUCCCAUAAUACUUCUAGUCAGCCUAUUACCCCAGAGAUGCGAAGUCUGGAUCACAAAGCAGACGAUUAGUGGGGUUUUGUUUGUUUGCUUUCCCCCACUGGAGAAUGGAUUUGCCAUUUUUUU